CUUUCUCGUCCUCGGCAGGCCUCAUGACUCUCCAAAUUUUCCAAUCAAUUGUUGAUACUUUCACUGCUGGACGUCAUGGAAACACCUGCUUCACUCUGCGCACAAUCCCUUGCAUUUGUUGAUUGAAUCCUUCAAGGCGUGAUGCUCGGGUCUAAUUUACCCCAUCCCGAGCUUUGGGGCGGGCAUUUCACCGCAACGAACGCUAUCCGAUUACCCCACAACUCCUCAAGACAGGUCUUUUAUCAUCAUCCCGCACGCCCGAGAGUGAGAUGUCGUUAGAUAUGCAUCUCAGCGGCUCGAAUUCCGCCUUGAUCCUCGCCAGUGACGCUGUCCACUUGAUCCAGUGCAAGAUCUUUAAAUCUGGCCUUGACGCUAAUCAUUUGCCGUGUUGCUUGCAUCAAUCUCACAUAGUCGGUGGUCUGCUUAUUUGAUAUUAUCAUCCCAUUUUUACUAUCUCUAUGGCAUCAUAUAUUUCUCUAAGGCGGGCAGUCAGCACGGUCCAUCGCAAUAGUAACCACCUUAAACUUGGAACACGUGCUUUUUCCGUUACGCCCUCACUCAAUAGAUCAGCCAUAAUAACAGGCUCUAGUCGCGGCAUAGGCAAGGCGAUUGCCUUGCGUCUCGCCGAUGACGGCUAUGAUAUCUGUAUCAACGAUGUUAUGGCGAACAAGGCCGGUAUCGACGACGUAGUUGCGCAGAUCAGAUCCAAGGGCCGCAAAGCCACUGGGUUUGUCGCCGAUGUUUCCAAGCUGUCUGAGGUUGACGACAUGGUACAGCAUUCGGUCUCCGAAUUGGGAAAUCUAGACACCAUGGUCGCAAAUGCGGGAAUCGCACAGGUCAAAGCUUUGUUGGAUUUGAAUGAAAAGGACUUGAGAAGGAUGUUCGAGGUGAAUGUGUUCGGAGUAUACAACUGUUAUGUUUCUGCCGCAAGACAGAUGAUUGCACAGAAGACUCCUGGAAAGCUGAUUGGCUGUGCCAGUAUCGUAGCAUUCAAGCCUUUCCCAUUGCUCAGCCAUUAUUCGGCCAGCAAGUGGGCUGUGAGAGGUCUGACGCAAGCCAUGGCUAUGGAGAUGGCCGAACACAAGAUCACAGUUAAUUGUUAUGCACCAGGCAUUGUUGGAACUGCUAUGUGGGAGCUUAUUGAUGAGCAGUUGGCUGCGAAGAAAGGCAAGAAGAAGGGCGAAAUGAUGAAGAAAUAUGUAGAGGAGCUCACCGCACUAGGCAGAGCAAGUACGCCGGAGGAUUUACAGGGAUUAUUGAGCUUCCUUUCCAGCAGUGACAGUGAUUUCAUGACUGGGCAGACAGUUGUUCUUGAUGGAGGAAUCAUAUAUACAUAAUUUUAACAAGCAUAUGAUUAUACGAUCC